AUGGAUGACUUUUCAGAUAUUGAUGAAAUUGAUGCUGCUGCUUCUUUUAAUACAAAUGAUAAACAAGUUGAUAGUGAUAAUAAUACUGUUAAAAGUGAGGAUGAUACUAAUUUAAGCAAAAGUGAAGAGACAAUUGCAUUUUUUUCAAGAAAAACACAAGUUAAGGAAGUAUAUUAUUCAACUGUACCAAUUGAAUAUCCCAAAACUUCUGAGGAAGGUGUAGCGAUAACAUAUAAUAUCACAGGUUGGACAAAUCCAAGGGAUUGUUGA